GGUACCGCGACUGCAAACUUGAUUCCAUGGAGCUUGGUGAUUUAGGAACUGACCGAACUCUCAAGGCAUCGGCAGAGGACCUGAUCAGCGAGGAUGGAUGGACAGUGUUAGAUACUCCCAUCUUGGCAGAAGGAAAUAGCAAUAGCAAUGCUGCUUUUAAGCGGGUCGGAAACUUCUUCAUGCUUCGGCUGAGCACAGUGGUUAAGUCCGUUUUGGCGGACUCCUCGAAGCUUUCCGUCUUUCCUCGACCAGAGAUUCUGGCAGACAGACAGCUCACGUCAAGCCUCGGUAUAGAGUUCGCUGACUUUACAUACACUGUCGAGGAGAUCUUGUCACCAGGAGAUAUUUUCACGUCAGUCCACUUGCGCAACAGCUUCAUGGAUGAGAUGAACAAGGCCGGAGCACAGGUGGCCCUUCUCACUGGUUCGAGUCCACCAGAAGCUUGUGAGGAACACUUCCGUGAACGAGUCGUUCAGUGGCGCGACUUCCCGAGCCCAGGCUUGUUGACUAUUGUGGAGAUUCCCUUUGACGAGAAAACGCAGACUUUUAUGUCUCAAAUUGGGGGCCACUUUGCUACUGUAUCGGUGGUCCAAGCGCAUCCCCAAUCUCCGGAUGAAAUGAUCGUGACGGUGGGUCUUUUCGUCACUGGCUCCGCCUUCCCAUUGUGGGCUUCAGCUCACCUGGCUCAAAUGGCACAAUCAGUGGCGAACUUGGUGCAAUUGACAGCGUCUUCAUUUGGCAAUUUGGAGUCUCUUUGCAAGGCAGAUCAGAACUUCUACACGGUCCUCUCUUUGAGGACCUGCCCUCAAGGCCGGCCCUUGUUACCUGGCGCGUGCCCACUGGCACUGAACCUGGGUGAGGAUCCAUGGUGUGUCUUACUGGAUUUACCCGAGGGUGCUGACCCUGCCUUCACAUUCUGGUUCCGACCAGUUGGAGACUUCAAUUUUCCGAACUACCUCUUCCUUUUCUUGGCAGCCAUUGGCUGUCCUGAGGUCCAGGUCUUCAGCAGCAUCGAUGGUCGGCCACUGGUGCCCUACCAAGCUGUGGUGCGACGAAGCCAAUGGCUCGAAGUGAACAGCAGCUUUGAGGCCGCCUGGAAGGUUCACAAGAUGGCAUAUCGGAAGCUCAACAGCACCAAGCACGCGCCGACCAUCUCCGAGGCGAAGACCCCUCGAUUCGCCGAAGUGCCUGACAGCUACCUGGACAACCCACCCUCGGUGCCCCUGAAGUCCUUGAUCACAGCGCCUUGUCAUGACCUGUGA